AUGCAGUUUGAACAAUUGCUAUUAAGAAUGAUUGUUUCUAAUACUCUGCCUUUUAUAUUUGUCGAAAAUGAAGAUACUAUUGCUGUAUUUGAAUUUUUGGCAUCAGGACUUAAAUUACCAAAGUGCAAAAUCAUUGGUGACGAAACUAUAGAACAUGAAUCAAUUACCACUGAUUUCAAUUAUCAAGUGAGUGAUGAUAAUGAAGAUAAUUUUGGAGAGAGAACAAGUGCCGGAUCUUAUGAUCAAAUAAAUCAAAACUCUGAAGAAAAUGAAGAUUUGGUUACAGAAGAAGAACAAAGAUGA